AGUGCUGUCUUUCCCCCAUCACUGCCUCUUCGGUUCGCGGUUGGAGGAGCAGUGAGACGAAUUUAGGUUUCCUGCCGCGGGUCUCUCCGACUGCGGAACUUUUAUUCGCUUUUUGUUACUACUAUUGUCGCGGUGGUGAUUGAGAGCUAGGCCCUGAAGACUCUCCUACUAUGGCGGAGAAGUGGGCCAAUGGACACUCUUCUUCAAUAUUAUGUUUGAAUGUGAACAAAGAUGGUCUGUUGGCUUCAGGAGCAGAAGGAGGGGAGCUAACCAUCUGGAGUGAGGAAGGGACUCCAUUAGAACACACACUUCUCCAGAAAGCUGAUGAUGUCACCAGUGUUGUGUUUUCUCCCACCUGUUCCAAAAGACUAUAUGCUUCUCAUGGAGAGACUGUUAGCAUUUUGGAUACUAGAUGUCUCAAAGAGCCAGUUGAACAUUUCCAUGUAAAUGAUGAAGAGAUCAAUUGUCUUUCAGUAAAUGAAACAGAUAGCUUAUUAAGUGCUGCAGACGAUUCUGGAGUAAUAAAGAUAAUUGAUCUGGAAAGCAAGAAGUUAAGCCGUUGCCUUAGACGACACUCAAAUAUUUGUGCAUCUGCUGUGUUUCGCCCUCAAAGACCUCAAAGCCUUCUUUCAUGUGGUCUGGAUAUGAAGGUUAUGAUGUGGAACUUGCAGAAAGCUCGCCCUCUGUGGAUUGUGGACUUGCAAGAGGAGGAAGUCAAUGAACAUUCAACUGGUCAGCUUUUUAAUCCUCCAUUGGCCCAUUCCUUGUCUGUUUCUGCUUGUGGCAAUGUUUUUGGCUGUGGAGCUGAAGAUGGAAAAAUCAGAAUCUUUAGGGUAACAGGUACCAAGUUUGAGCAGGAGGCAGCAUUUAAGGGCCACUCCUUAGCAGUGUCACAGGUUUUCUUUCUACCAGAAGCCUACCGGUUCAUUACAGGAGGAAAUGAUGGCAGAGUGUUGUUGUGGGAUGUCAGCAAUGAACUAGGAAAACAGAAGAGUCCAGUCAAAUCCAUCCACAGAAGGAGAACUAGGAUGCCCAACACCACCAAGAAACUUGACAAAGUAAAUGCAGAGUGUUCAAAUGAGCAUGUGCCAAUUUUACCAAAACUAACGAUUGAACAUGGAGAGAAGGUGAACUGGAUUUCAUAUGCAGAGAUUAAAGGCUCUAGAAGAAUACUGGUUGCUGAUCAGAGUACCAGUAUAUCAGUCUAUCCUAUUGCUGAACCUUAGACAUGCCUUGGCCUAACCGUUUGUUUGAUGCACCACCUUUAUUACCCCCAAUGUGUUUUAAACCAACUGCAGCCUUUCUGUAUAUUGCUAAAAAUAUUUAUUUUAGGAGUGGAUAAAGUUUAAUUCAUUGUAUCAGUAACGGGAUAUCUUAUGAUAAACCAGAUACUGUAUUAA